AUGUCUAUGAUGGAUUUUGAGUCUUUAACCAUUUUAUUAAGCGGAUUACGGCAAACCUUGAAAUUAUCUUCAGUAAUUGUUGUGAAUUUGUCCAAUGAAAACUUCAGCCCUGAUGAAAUGAGUUUGCUUAAUCGCGGUCUGAAUUUUUCGGUUAAACCUCUUUCACUCCCACUCAUUGACGUUAUUGCUGAUGUUGAAACAGCGAUACAAUACAAACCAUUUGAUGUCAAAAAACAAAUAAGAGAAAAAGCAUCGCAAGUCAUCAUUGAAACAAAAAGUUUUAAUGCGAUGAAUAAACCUGACCUUGACACCAUUAAAUGGAAUCGUGCUCUUAAAUCUCUGAAAAAUCGAAACGUUUUUUACAUGAAAUCCGACAAAUCAAAUAAAGUUGUUGUAAUAAACAAAGAUGAUUACAAUGAACGGAUGAUUCAGUCAAUUACUGAAGAUAAUUUCAAGGUUAAUAAAAUGGUUAAAGACUCAAAAUCCAUCAUAGACAUUCUACAUAAAGUUUUCGAUGUAAACAAAUAUCGUUUAAGAGAAUCGAACCCCCAAGUGCCUCUAAUGUACGGUUUACCGAAAAUUCACAAAACCGGAGAUAAGAUGAGAAAAAUCGUAUCAUGUGUUAAUUCGCCUUUCGAAAAACCGGCGAAAUGGCUUAUGUCUGAAAUGAAAAAGUUUGGCAGAUUUGAAGGUUUUUCAGUCGAGAACUUCUUUGAAUUCAUUGAAAAAGUAAAAGACAUCGAAUUGACAGAGGAUGAAAUUUUAAUUUCGUUUGACGUUACUGCCCUUUUUCCCAGCGUUCCAGUCAAUGUAGCUUUAGAUGCUAUUAAAGAACACCUACAAAAAUCAAAUGUUUCAAUAGAACACACUAAUGCAUAUAUUUUUGCAAUCGAAACAUGCAUGAAAUAUAAUUGUUUUCAAUUUAGAAACACGUAUUAUUCCAACGACUUUGGUUGCAGCAUGGGCAAUAGUCUUUCACCUUAUAUCGCCGAAGCAUUUAUGUGCAAAUUGGAGAGAGAAAUGAAAGAUGAAGAGAUUUUCCCCAGAAUUUGGUGGCGAUAUGUUGACGACACCUUUGCUGUUGUUAAAAAAUCGGAUGUCGAACGUGUUUUAAAUCUAAUAAAUAGUCGUCAUAGUAGCAUCAAAUUUACUUAUGAAUUGGAGAAUGCAUUAGAUCACACAUUAUCUUUUCUGGAUUUAAAAAUAAAACGUUUUGGUAGUAAAAUUCAAUUUGAUGUUUACAGAAAACCAACUACCACUGACAGAUACAUAACACACGAUUCCAUUGACCUAUUAUAUAUGGACUGCCAGUUCCUCCUCGUUUCCAUACAAAAUUUUUGA